AUGACGAACCGGCGUUUCUUUGUUGGACCAAUCCCGGAGGGUUGGUUACAGGGCCAUCGCAAGUCUUGGUACAGGUCUCGACUGAGACUGAGGAACUACACAUCUCAGGCCAUUUCAUUCUCAGCAGGCCCUGUUGCUACCCAUUAUAGCGAACAAGACAAUCAGCCCGCGCCCUUGUUGCCGGAUUUGGAUGAAGAGGUAGCUUUGACACUUACCAACACAGAAAACGCCGCUGCCGAAGACGUGGACUUUGAAAUCGAAGAAGAGCUGCAGCAAGACCACGCUGCGCCUGAGCCUGUGGGGGAAUUGAGAACACUCACUCAUCCCGAAGCCGAGGUUGAAGUCACCAGCGAUGAUCAAGUACCGGAAGAGCAUACCGAGGCCGGAGAAAAUGAGUGGGAAGAUGGAGAAGAUGAAGAGGACAGUGGAGAGGACAGUGGGGAGGACACGGACAGCACCCCUAAGGCGAGGCCAAUAAGACAUGACGAUGUCUAUGACAAUGAUCUCGCUUCGUCUUCUUUUGUAACGGCAAGAGAAGACAUUGCUAGCUCAGCAGACACCGGACAAUCGAUGGCCACCAUACGGGCUAAUAAACUGGAACUACCUGAGGAGCGUUCAAAACCACAGAGCUCACAUCAAACAAAUGUGACAGGUGAGGGCUCUCAUAGCCCAUUGACCCCCAAUCCUUCUGUGGGCCCAAGCGAGGCCGAUUCCACCACACAACUGUUACGGACACAGUUCAAGGACAAAGGCAAACAGAGGAGCAAGACAUCGGGUGUCUCUCGGGCGACUCUUCAGCAUCACGAGCCGCAAGAUGAAGACGGAGAUGAUGCCGGAGACCCGCAGAUACAGCGAAGGCUCACCAGGAAAAUGGCAAAGCUCAACCUGGAUGACAAUCUUAAGCACAAGCAACAAAGACUGCGGACCCGAAUUGCCAAAACUCAGGGCACUAUCUCUGCCAACCGGCCGCGCCGGCGGAAGGUGCAAGAUGGAGAAAUUGUCAAAGCCGAAAAGAUGCUGGUUUGUGUCGAGGAGACUAUGCAGAGUACACUCCCCGCCGACUAUAAUGAAAAUGACAGUCUUCGCAUGGAAACGCGAAGUGUCGAUAAAUGGAGAGAGUUCCUCGUCGUCUGUCGCAAAAGCUCGGCAGAGCAUACGCCGUUCGCUAUUCAAAUGUAUCGCACCCGUGUGAUUCCUGACGUACAACGGCCAAACAGCAAAACACCGCCUUAUUACGAAGUGCGGCUCAAUCAUAAGACCACGCACGUCAAUCUUUAUUCUCCUUUGGACAAGACUAUCGUCAUUUGGUAUCCUCGAAGACGAGGAACUAAGAUCUUCAUCCUCCGCCCCAAGUCAGCUGCUCACUCCGCGGAAUGGUAUACAUUCGUCCGGCAGGUUCUAGGAUGGCGGCGUCCGACCUCACUCCCGAUCCACGUACCCGACCUGGGUGUUUCGCUCGUAUUCAAAAAUCCUUUCAGCCAGCGUGAGGCAGCCCUGAAGGCAGAUAACUCCGACAGCGACCAAAACGGAGCAUCAGCGGAGCGUCAAGAAUUGGAUGUCAAGUUUGCUGCUGCAAACAUCAUUCGAGGGUGUAUGGAAAUGUUGGAAGGUCGUCCCGAGUGGGCCGAAGUUCUAAAGGCAUGGUCAAAAACCGAGAAAAUGGGCCUUGCAUGGAAAAGAUAUGACCGGCUUGAAUGGGUUUUUGGAGUCAACGAAGAGAAGAUGUACGGGACUAUUGCAAUGCAGUCAUCCCACGAGCUUGAGCUACGGCCAAGACAUCACUAUUCUACUGCGAUUCGCCACCGCAGUGGUAAAGAAGAGGAGCCCGAGCCGAUUGAGGGGUUCCUAGUUCGUUUGACAUCUCAAAGGGGCGCGCACCAGCGGAUGAACCGCAUGUUCUUCAAGAGACUUUACUUCUUCAGUCAAGAUCAUCACCUAUUCUUCUGUCGACCGGCCAAGGCUUUACCGCCUGCACCACCAAAAUGUGCCCCGAGAGCAGACGAAAGUGUGCCGUCUGCUCGUGAGAUUUUGGAUGCCAUGCCGCUAUCCUGGGACGUUAAUCCAUACCCGUUGCAAGAUGGCGAGAUAGCAUGGCUCUCGAACGGAAACAAGGACUUUGUCAAGAGACACGACGAAGAAGCUUAUGCACAUGUACAAAGAAACGUGCACAACAUAAGCAAUUCAGACGGGUACAUCGAUUUGUGCCGGGUGCAAGAAGUCCGCAACAUCCAUCGUGGCAGUUCCCCCGCUGAUCCCAACAUCCAAGAAGGUCCUUCGGUGGACUUCAAUCGCGAACCGAGAGACUCACGACAAGAAGACGGUGCAACACAAGACCUUGACGAUGAUCGCACAUUCGAAAUGGCUUUGGACAAUGGCCUCGUCAUUCGGCUCCAGGCCUACGAUUCUACCACAAGGGACGAGUGGGUUAAAAGGAUGAGUGCGCUAGUAAAAUACUGGCGCACACGUUGCGCUGAUGAUGCCAAGGAGCACAGAUUGAUGCGGCAGCGCAAUCUCAAGCUGUUAGACAUCGAUGAGGCUAUGGAAUCUAUUGUCGGGCAAUUCGCAAAGAAAUGGGAGGUGACAAAGGCUGAGGCUUCGCCGCACCUCCACAACAUGUGCUCGUUGGCAGGUUGUCGAACCAUCAAGAUGUCUGGUGAUCUAUUCCGCAAGCCCCGUCGGCACGCUACAUUCAAACAAUGCCAUCUGAUACUCACAGCUGGCAAGCUUCUUGUCUUCCGAAGCACGCUGCGUAAGCGCAAUGGUGUCGAGAUACCACACAUUCAUCAAGAACUUGAGGCAACCAUUGAGCUAGAGGAUUGCUAUAUUUACUCGGGACUACUUACGGAGAACGACUUGCUGUAUGCAAACCAAACAUUCGACAGCAACAAUCCUGGUCUCCAUGCUCUUCCCCGAGUGUAUCUUGACUCGGAUGCUUUCACGAGCCGCGACGAGGAUACCGCGAUCACCUUCGUGGUCUGGCAGCCCUUGAGCAAAAGCUACUUCCGGGCCCAGGAAGUCGGAGCGCAAGGUAAAGCCAAGCGCUCACUGCGCCACGUCUCAACACUGGGUAAACAUGGUCGCACGGUUGUUUUCAAGGCACGUAGUCGUGUCGAAAAGGACCGCUGGGUGAUGAGCAUUUCCUCGGAGAUUGAUCGUCUCCAAGAAGAGAAACAUGAAGAUAUACGGCUUGUUUCUCCCUAA